CCCCAGACUCGGGACUGGUCGCUGGCACAGGACCCAAAACGUUUUCGUGCGCUGCGCUGACAACAUCCUCGCAGGACCAAAAAGCGGACGAUUUAACAGCUCGUGCAAGUAAUAUUCCAAAUACGAAAAUGUAAACAAAUGUAGCGCACGCGCAGCAGCAGCUACUACUAAAACAAUAAUAACAAUAACACCAAUAGUAACUACUUAAUAAUAAAAAAAGAGUAUUCUCUCUGCCAUAAACUGGAUGUGACUGCCUUCCAGCUGGGGACCGACCACAAAGCUGCUCGUCGUGUUCCUUCCCUUCCAGUGGGCCUGCAGCACUCGGCAGUCACAAGUCACAGGAGUGACAACGUCAGCAGUUGUGUCCUGCUAGUCGUGCUGUCCAGGCGCUGCUGCUGGUCCUUGUACUCUCUUCGCUCUACACUGGCAAACCUCAGGGAAAUUUUCCAAAACACACACACACACACACUCGCACACACACGCGCGCGCACAAAUACAUACGCACACAGAAUCACAUACGAAACGCGUUGCGUUGCCAAAAAAAAUAGUCAAAAGUAUAUACCUUCAAAUGGCCUGGCCAGGAGCCGUUACCAAUUUCGAGCACAACGUGUACGAAGUGGAAAUGCUGCGACAAGCGUCAACGUCAACGUUAGCGUCAACGUCAGCAGCAGCAGAAGCAGCAACGGCAACAACAGCAACAACACAACGUUGCUUUUUUAGUGUGGUGUUGUGUUAAUUGUUAUUUAUGUAUAGUAGUAUAUAUAAAUUAAGUGUGAUAUUGCAACAACAAUGAGCAAAAGUUGUGCAAAUGCAGAAGCUUAGCAGCAAAAAAUAAUAAGAGAGAAAGGGAGAGGAAGAGAAAGAGAGAACGAGAGCGAGCGUGUGGAGUAAGAGAACUUUAAACGGCGCAACGGAGUCAAAACACAAACAACGACAACAAACGGUUUAGCAACAACAGCAGUUGCAACAACAACAACAACAACAACAGCAAACAGCGACUGUGACAACAAAAAUAUAACAACAACCACAUUUAACGGGUCCAAUGUUGCAGCAAACAACAUGCAGCAAACAACAAUGGCGGCAACAACAACAACAACUAGAGCAAGAACAGCAGCAACUGCAACAGCAGCAACAACAACAACAACAGCAAGAGCUACAACAAACAGCUAAAGCUCAUAGCUACAGCUAUAGCAAUAUUAGUAAUAGCAACAACAGCAGCAGCAGCAUAAGCGUUAGCAACAUUCGCUUUAGCAACAUGUUGGCAGCCGGACAUGCAGUCAGUAACAAUACAACAACAACGAUAGAUUUCAAUAGUCGCAGGAGACGCGGACGUCUACGAAGCGCCCUCAAAUGUUGCCACUUAGUGCCAGCAGCAGAUACAAAUGUUGCUUAUACACCACAACAAAAACAACAACAACAACAACAACAACAACUAAAUCUACAACUACAACAACAACAAGAAACCAAACACCAUGCAAAGCUUUUGUUAUCAAUAAUGUGCGCGUACAUUGUCGAUUGUGUAAAUAUUUUAAAACGCUUAGUAUUAUUAACAAUAAAUGGUUCACCAACAACAACAACAUCUACCAGAAAAAACCAAAACGACUGCAGCAAACAGCAAAUAAAAAGCAACAAAGCCCACAAAAUAAUAAGUGGGCGUGGCCAGGCAUUUAAUUGCAUACUAAUGUUGCUGCUGCUCUGCCUGCUCCCUUUGCUGGGUAGUGUCCAGGGCCAUAAGCCCAAAACUGCCCAACAGCACAAACAACAACAACAACAUCAGCCGGCGCAAAAUAACGAUGUGACAGUUAAUAACAUGGGAGGCGUGGCCGAUGUGCCGCCAACUUAUCAAGUAAAAUCAUCGCAAACAUCGAACGAGGACGAAGCCGAACUUCUGUAUCCCUACCAAUCCGGGGAGCAAAUGUUUGGCCAGGAGGAGGAAGAGGGAGGCCAACUAAAUACGAUGCAUGGCGCCGGUGAAAGCGGAUGGGGAAGCGGAGCCGGCGUGCCCAAUGAUGGGGAUAAUGUGGCCAAUCAACAUCGUACCAAUGUAACGACAACCGGCAAUUCAAACACCACGAAAACGCCAUUAUUUCCAAAAGAUCUAUUCACGAAAGAACAGCUUGAGAACGGCGCUGUCGUCCUGCACAUCAUCGGUGUUAUAUAUAUGUUUGUGGCGCUGGCAAUUGUCUGCGAUGAAUUCUUCGUGCCUUCCCUUGACGUAAUCAUUGAAAAGCUCGGCAUCACUGACGAUGUUGCCGGCGCUACUUUUAUGGCUGCAGGAGGCAGUGCCCCGGAGCUCUUCACGAGUGUCAUUGGCGUUUUCGUGUCGUUCGAUGAUGUUGGUAUUGGUACGAUUGUCGGAUCGGCUGUGUUUAACAUACUCUUCGUGAUUGGGAUGUGUGCACUAUUCUCAAGAACUGUAUUAUCGUUGACAUGGUGGCCACUAUUCCGCGAUUGCUCAUUCUAUAGCAUCAGUUUGCUGGUGUUGAUCUUCUUUUUUCGCGACAAUCUCAUAUACUGGUGGGAGGCUCUCAUCCUGUUUACCAUCUAUAUUGCCUAUGUGACCUUCAUGAAGUGGAACGUACAGGUGGAGCAUUGCGUCAAGAAGAUGAUUACCAAAAACAAGGUGACUCGCGUCAGAAGUACAGAUCAACUUAUGCCAGCAGGUAACGCUGCCAAUUCUUCGGAAACAUCAAUGGCCACCCAGCCUGGCGGCUCGGUAACAUCACGAGCGGCCAGCGAGACCCGUUCGGGUCCGGCCGGUACAAGCAAUGCGGGCGCUACAGGUAAUAGCAGUGGUGGGACCGCUGGUAGUACUCAAACCGGUGCAAAAUUCCGUCAUGGCCUAUUACAGCUAAUGAUACAUACGAUAGAUCCACUACACGAUGGCAAAGUGGACGAGAAGGCAACACAACUGCAUGCCAUUGCCUCACUUAAGGUGCUGCUGGAUGCGACAAAGCCGCAACGGGGUGGCGCCACCACCUCAGCGGCCAAUCACGUUAAGAUUAAUCUCAAGGAAACAACGUUGGCCGAUCGUCCCAAUGGCAACAUAGAUACAACCCUCGAUUCGGCGCCUGAAAUCGAGGACGAACCGGAGCCUCUCAGCAUGGCCUGGCCGGAUACGGCCCGAAAACGACUCACCUACAUCCUGGUCGCACCGCUUCUGGUCCCGAUGUGGCUAACAUUGCCCGAUACGCGAACACCGCGUGGCAAACGCUUCUUUGCGGUCACCUUUAUAGGAUCCAUUGCCUGGAUAGCUGCCUUCUCCUAUCUGAUGGUCUGGUGGGCCAAUGUCGCUGGUGAUACAGCCCGUAUACCACCCGAGGUAAUGGGUCUAACCUUCCUGGCGGCAGGCACAUCCAUUCCGGACUUGAUAACCUCGGUCAUUGUGGCACGCAAGGGAUUCGGCGACAUGGCUGUAUCUAGUUCGGUGGGCAGCAACAUAUUCGAUGUGACUGUGGGUUUGCCGAUACCCUGGCUGCUAUUUGGGAUUAUCUACGAUGUGCCCGUUCAAGUGAACUCGGUGGGCAUGGUCUGUUCCAUUACCAUAUUGUUUAUGAUGCUCGUUUUUGUGGUGCUGUCAAUUGCCUGCUUCCGUUGGCGCAUGAACAAGGGUCUGGGCUUUACCAUGUUUCUGUUGUACUUUGUCUUUGUUGCUGUAUCGCUGAUGUUCGAAUAUGAUUUCCUCGAAUGCCCUUUUUAAGCGUACAGCAUAAAGACAAAGAUCAUAUACACAUAUUGCCGAGGGAACCGCGCAAUAACCAAUUAGCUAAAUUUAUAUACAAUACAAUUCAAUGAAUUAAUUACAAAUACAAAUGAAUUAAGAAAUGGCCUAAGCUAACUAAUCGAAUUGUUAAACAAAAUGCAUAUUUCACAAUAUAACACAAACACUAAACGAAAACAAAACCAAAACAAAACCAAGCAAAAAGUUAAUAACAACCAACAAAAAAAGUUAGUUAGUGCUUUACAUGCAGCGAUUUUUCCUUUUUCAAAAAAUUACACAAAAAAGACAUUUACUUUAAAUGUUAAGCCGCAGCUUUUCAAGCAAAACAAAAUUAAAAUACAAAUACAAACAAACACAAGCUCUAUAUCUCUCUCUUUGAACUAUGAACCUUAUUAUCUUAUACAUUGAUUACUUACUUACUUAUUAAAAAAAACAAAGCAAAUGAAAUGGAAAAGUGGAAAAACUUAAAAUGGCUUCCCAAUCAAUUACUUUACUUAAACGUUUGGGUUUCGUUUUUAAAAUUACGAUUACUUAAAUAAAAAUAAGUCUAUCAUUGCACAAGCACCCUAUAAACGUUACGAAUCGAGUUAAAAAAAAAGCCAAGAAAUUACGUUGUGCAUAUUUAAGCAGUGCAAGUGUUAGAUGGCUUUUCUGAAUUUUCCAAAAAUCUUAAUCGAUACUUAAAUAUUUCAUGUUUGCCCCCCGCCCCCCUUAAUCCGAUUAAUAGAUUUCUUAGCCACUCAUCUGAAUCAGUGUUUGAAAAAUUAUUUAAUUAUUUGUUAUUAUCAAAUAUAACCAUUUUUUUAAGAUAUUGAAAGCCUUUUAGCCUAAAUCUAGCACUUGUCGCUCCGCAACUUUUUUGAUUUAACCCGCUCUACUAAAUUGUUAUAGCGAAACUCCCAGAAAGCUUUACGUCAGAGUCUAAAUCAGUCUAGUUUUACUGAAAAGAAACCUAUACUAUAUAUACUUAUAUACCACACGCACACUUACAUGGCAUAUAUAUAUACUUACUUAUAUUGACCUAUAUUGAUUAAGUAAUAAUUUGCGUACUUAUAAAACGACAAAACUUUCAAAUAUGCAAAAACUAUACUCAAAAUG